GGCGCUCAUUCUCAACAUGGAGUGGAGCGAAGGCGCCAAAGGAACAGCUCAGCAACCCUCACUCAACAAGCAAAUAGAUGGGCUGCUAACAUGUGGCCCAAUAUUGUUGUCUGAUGUUUUAAAUGGAUCUUUUCAACACCGUCACUCAAACCAUUGAUCAAGUCUUGACUUGCGACUGGUACGAUUCGUUCAAGGUAUUCAAGAUGGAUGGCAACCAGGGCCAAGAUAAAACUAUGGAUACAGUUCCGGGAGGCGAGACCCCCCAAUAUGAGUCCAUCAAGACCGAGACUGUUCCCACCUCGAAGCAAAGAGGUCAAUUGGGCGGCGGCCCCAAUAUCUCAGAAAGCCUCUUCGUGUCCGAAGAUCGGGGGAGGCAGACAGCUGACAACAUAAGAUAUGGUCAGAAUAUCUUAGAGUCCGGAAUGGGUGGCAAGACAGCGGCGCAGGACGGCCAAGCCGGCCAGGAAGGUGGCUAUGGAGGAACACAAGAUCAGGCCGAGGGACAGAAGGACACCAGGCCGCAGCAAAGAUACGGGGGAGGAAGUGGGAUCGGGGCAUAGAGGUCGAGAGUUUUCGAGUGUGUCCCUGGAUAUCUCCUCGUCCGAUGGCUCAGGGUGAAACGUGAACAGUCGUCGGCGGAGGAUCUAAUUCAGUCGCGAUCGUCUGAGGCGGCACUUCCAUCGCAGAGGAUAUGAUGGGUUGUGGGCUUUUCUUGUCCUUGGGUUCCACCUCUCUUCGGGCCUCUUUGAGCUUCUCCAGCGUCACUCCAUUGCCAAGUUUUGUGAUGCCAACCAUUGGCGGGUCUCCCUUCUUGACAAACUCCCAUAACCCAGGUAGUUUGUUUCCUGCCAAUCUAAAAGCAUCUCUUA